UAAUCGUCCCCACGGUGUACCACUUCCACAACAGGACCAUACUAGGACACUCCCCUCUGCUUUAAAAACUGCCAGUGGCCACAAAAUCCACUCACCUCUGCUAAGCUUUUGCUUUGACAUCUGUAUUUCCACUUGGCCUGUCAUUCAGUGGGAGCAGGCUUCGAGACAGGUGACCGGUCUCAUCAGUGAUCUUGAAGAAACUUGAAGGAUUAGAAGCUCUGAUGAUGUGGGUGUGGGCCGGAGCAGGAUCUCUGAUUUUGGUGCUGCAGCAGCUCGUGCUCACCGUCACUGCACAAGGCAUUGUGUACAACCUGCUGGUGUCUCCUGACUGUCUGCCAGACUUGCUUCAGGGGAGCCUGAAGAAUAAUGGGCGAGAUGAGGUUUUUCUUCUCUCCUCCUUCAGGCUCCACAGCAAGGCUCCCACAUCUCUGUACCACAUCGUGAACCCCAAAGACAACACCAAGUACUUGGAACUCAGUGUUCAGGGCAAACUCAACAAAGUGACUCUGUAUUACCAAAGGGCUGACGGCAGGUUUGCCACAACUACUUUUAGCCAUCCAUCGCUGGCAGAUGGCAGAGAUCACCAUGUGAUGCUGCAUGCUAGCGGGUUACAGCGUGGUCCGCCACGUCUGCACAUCUACGUAGACUGCAGAUUGAUCCACACUUUGAAUGAUCUGCCUGUUGCAUUUGGGUCACUUCCUUCUGGCCCCAACAAUGUCGCACUGAGGACCCUGCAGUCAAGUGGGCAGGAUGAGCUGACAGACUUGAAGCUGGUGAUAGAAGAUACUGUUCAUAAUGUGGCUACUCUGCAGGACUGCAGCAUGGAGCAGGAGGAGUCCCUGCAGCUACUGGAAUUUCAAGGAACCAGAGUAGGACGUGACCAGGCCGCCAUACAGGAGCUGAAGAUGAUGUUUACCGAAAUGAAGGAGCUACUUCUUAAGCAGAUCAAGGAAACAACUUUUCUGAAAAACACCAUUGCAGAGUGUCUACAAUGUGGUCUUAAGGGCAGUCCAACUGACACAAGUCCAAAUCCAAGUCCAGGCCAGUUUGUGAUGCAGCCUCAGCCUCUGACUCAGUGCAAACCUGGGACCUGCUUCAGACAGGACUUGUGCAUCCCUACAGAGUCUGGAGGUUUCAAUUGUGCCCCCUGUCCUGAUGGAUACACUGGAGACGGGGUGCGCUGUGAUGAUGUGGAUGAGGUGGGUUUGUUUUUAAACGUGUGCACUUUUAAGCCGUGCUUCUCAGGUGUGCGGUGUGUGAACACUGCUCCGGGUUGCUGUGAGAAAUGCCCCCUGGGAUACACUGGACCAGAGAUCAGCGGCUGGGGAAUUUCCUAUGCGCAGUCACACAAGCAGAUGUGUCAGGAUAUAGAUGAGUGUCUGGUGCCUGAUAAUGGAGGAUGCACCAACUCACAUUGCUACAACACUGCCGGCUCCUUCCGCUGCGGAGAGUGCAAAACUGGCUUCACCGUCAACCAGGUGACAGGCUGCCAGGCAAGAGGGCUUUGCCAAGGACAACCCAGCUCAUGUUGACAACCCAACGCCAACUGUGUCGUGGAACGAGACGGCAGCAUUAGCUGUGUUGUGGUGGUUGGUUGGUCUGGUAACGGCUAUACAUGUGGAAAGGACACAGAUUUAUGGAUAUCCAGACAUAACCUCCACUGCAGAGAAGACACCUGCAACAAGGACAACUGUGUGUUGUGCCACAACUCUGGCCAAGAGGAUGCUGACAGAGGGAUAGGUGAUGCCUGUGAUGACGAUGCAGACAAUGACAGCAUUACGAACUUAGAUGAUAACUGCUGGCUGGUUCAUGUGGACCAAAAGAACAGCGACAAGGAUCUUUUUGGAGAUGCCUGUGACAACUGCAGAACAAUUGAAUAUCCCACACAGAAGGAUACAGAUGGUGACGGGAUAGGAGAUGUGGAUGAUGACAUGGACAGGGAGUGAAAUAUUCUUUCAGGGUUGAACAAUAUUCUAGAUAACUGCCCCAGUGUCCCAAACCCAGACCAGAAGGACAGAGACAAUGAUGGGGUGGGAGACGUCUGUGACAGCUGUCCUGAUAUGCCCAACCCCAACCAGUCUGACUCAGAUGAUGACCUCAUAGGAGACACGUGUGAUAACAACAUAGACAGUGAUGGCGAUGGGCACCAGGACACAAAGGACAACUGUCCCUCCAUCAUCAACUCCUCUCAGCUGGACACCGACAAGGACGGAAUGGGAGAUGAGUGUGAUGAUGACGAUGAUAAUGAUGGCAUUUUGGAUGAGGAAGACAACUGUAGAUUGGUCGUUAACCAGGAUCAACAUGAUACAGAUAGCAACGGAGUUGGAGACGCUUGUGAAGGUGACUUUGACAAAGACAGUGUCAUUGACAGAGUUGACCACUGUCCAGAGAACGCAGAGGUCACCCUGACUGACUUCAGAGCCUAUCAGACUGUAGUGCUGGACCCAGAGGGGGACUCGCAGAUAGAUCCCAACUGGGUGGUCCUCAACCAGGGGAUGGAAAUAGUACAGACCAUGAACUCUGACCCCGGCCUCGCUGUAGGCUACACUGCGUUCAGCGGGGUUGACUUUGAAGGAACGUUCCACGUGAACACAGUGACAGACGAUGACUACACUGGAUUCAUCUUCGGUUACCAGGACUCGUCGUCCUUCUACGUGGUGAUGUGGAAACAGACUGAACAAACUUACUGGCAGGCUGCACCCUUCAGAGCCGUCGCCGAGCCGGGCAUCCAGCUCAAGGUCGUGAAAUCUAAGACUGGCCCUGGUGAAUACCUCAGGAACUCUCGUGGCCACCCAGGAGACACUCCUGAUCAGGUCCGUCUCCUGCUGGAAAGAUCCUCGAAUGUCGGCUGGAAAGACAAGGUCUCCUACCGCUGGUUUCUGCAGCACAGACCGCAGGUUGGAUACAUCAGGGCUCGCUUCUUUGAGGGUACCAACCUGGUGGCGGACACAGGGGUGAUAAUUGACACCAGUAUGAGGGGCGGUAGAUUGGGUUGUGUUCGCUUUCUCCCAGGAAAACUCAUUUGGUCUGACUUGAAGUACCGCUGCACAGACACCAUCCCAGCAGACUACCAGGAGCUCAACCUGCAGAACAUGCAGUGAACUCAGGGCGGAACCACUGUUAAAGAAAGGAUGUGAGCCCUUCUGAAAAAAUAAAGGAGAAGCACUGCAAAAAGUUGGAGCGACGAGAAGGGACCCAUUAGAAAAGGAAGCAUGACAGGGCUGCAAAAGGAGGGUGCUUUAAACGUUGUUGGAGAAGAAUAGCUUUGGCAUUAUGUUAUGUAUUAUUACUUCACUCAGUGCAGCUGAUUUAACACACUCUGUUUAUCUCUGUGUAUCUAAAAAUUUCAGUGUUUGAGACAACUAUUACAAACCCCAUAAUUUUUGGAAGAUAUUAAGUAUAAUAAAAUCCAAAGCAUUUCAUU